AUGGGUGUUCCGGCCCUGUUCAGGUGGCUUACAAACAAGUAUCCUAAAAUUGUUAGCCCUGUGAUCGAGGAGCAACCUCAAGAGAUCGACGGAGUUGUUAGAGCAGUAGACACAACCCAGCCGAAUCCGAAUGGCGAGUCGGACAAUCUUUACCUUGACAUGAAUGGUAUUGUUCAUCCAUGUUCUCAUCCCGAGGAGGGUGAGCCACCAGCAACGGAAGAGGCGAUGAUGCUAGCUGUAUUCGCCUACACUGAGCGUGUCGUAAACAUGGUGAGGCCUAACAAGCUUCUCAUGAUUGCUGUUGAUGGUGUUGCGCCUCGUGCGAAAAUGAAUCAGCAACGCUCUCGUCGCUUCAGAUCGGCACAGGAAGCUAAGGAAAAAGAGGAUGAGACCGCCCAAUUAAUUGAGCAGAUGGAGAAGCACGGGAGCAAAUUUGACGAUGUUAUCAAGAACAAAAAGAUUUGGGACAGUAAUGCCAUUACCCCUGGUACUCCUUUUAUGGAUAUUCUUGCAGCAUCGCUCAAGUACUGGAUCGCAAAAAAACUCAACGAUGACCCUGCUUGGGCUAAAUUAAAAAUCAUCAUCUCUGAUUCCACCGUUCCCGGAGAGGGGGAACACAAGAUCAUGGAAUUCAUCAGAUCUCAGCGCCUCUCCCCGGAAUAUGACCCAAAUACUCGUCACGUCAUAUAUGGCCUUGACGCCGAUUUGAUCAUGUUGGGGCUUGGGACUCAUGAACCCCAUUUUAAAGUCCUCCGUGAGGACGUCUUUGCAAAGGAAGCUAGGGCAAAGACAUGCAGGAUAUACAAUGCUUCCCCGCUGAAGCCUUUUUUCGAGUUGGAGAGAGCUCUUGACGAUUGGAUUUUUAUGUGCUUUUUCGUCGGAAACGACUUUUUACCCCAUUUGCCAAGUUUGGAAAUCAGAGAGAACGGAAUCGACACUUUGAUUGCCGUUUGGAAAGACAAUAUCCCUCUUAUGGGAGGUUACGUUACCAAAGAUGGAACUGUAGAUCUAAAAAGGGUUCAGUACAUCCUUGAUGGGUUGGCAAAGCAGGAAGAUCAAAUCUUCAGGAAUCGGAAGAGAACAAUUUCCACGACCGCCCCUGCCAUAUCCCACAAGAGAAAGGCUGAUAUGGUUUGGGGAGACGAAACUCCCAAGACCCCCGGUUCCGAGUCUGAGGCCGAUGACCCUGAUCGCGAUCCUGUUCGUCUCUGGGAGCCCGGAUACCGUGAGCGAUAUUAUGAGCAAAAGUUUCAUGUCUCCCCGGACAAUGUUGAGUUCAGAAAUAAAGUCGCUGCUAGCUAUGUUGAAGGGCUUUGUUGGGUGCUGCUCUAUUACUUCCAAGGAUGCCCUAGUUGGACUUGGUAUUACCCAUACCACUAUGCACCGUUUGCCCAAGAUUUCAAUGACGUAGGCAAGCUUGAUAUCCAAUUUAAGAAAGGGAAGCCUUUCAAACCGUUUGAACAACUGAUGGGUGUGCUGCCUGCCGCGAGUAAACACGCUCUUCCCGAGCCGUUUCAGAAACUUAUGACAGAGGAAGACUCUGAGAUCAUUGACUUUUACCCCGAAUCGUUCCCCAUUGACUUGAAUGGAAAGAAGUUCGCCUGGCAGGGUGUAGCACUGUUGCCAUUCAUCGAUGAAAAGCGUUUGUUAGAUGCUGUGUCAAAGGUCUAUCCCACGCUAACUCCUGAGGACGAUGCGAGGAAUGCAAUGGGACAUGAUCUUCUAUUCUGUUCAGUAGAAAACGACAUGUACGACGAUGUUGCCAUACGAUUCUACUAUAAGGGCCGGAGUGACGACGAAUACGACCUUGACCCUACGAAGAGCCAAGGACUGUCUGGAAAGGUUAUCAAAGAUCCUGCUUUCAUCCCUCAGGGCACGAUACCUUUUCCACUAUCCUUAGAAGAUAUGCCUAAAAUCGAGGGCGACAAAUCACUUUGCGUCUUUUACGAAUUUCCCAAAACCAAGAAUGCGCACAAAUCGAUGUUACUUCGUGGGGUCAAGCUCAGUCCUCCCGUCCUCUCUCAUACAGACCUAGAAAUGAUCAAAAACAAUGCUCAGAACUCAGGCCGCUCGUACGGUGGCGCUCCGCUUUAUCGUAGCAACAGCGGGAGAGGCCGUGGCCGCGGUAGUGGGGGAGAGUUCCAAGGCUCCUAUCAAUCCAAUCGAGGUCCUACUCAAAGUUACCAGGGACAAAACCACACACCUUCUUAUGGAAAUGGGACUUGGCAACCUCCUCCACCUCCGCCAGCUCUCGCAGGUUGGGGCGGAUGGGGCGGGCAGCACAACCAGGUUCGGGGAAAUUACACAAAUCUGCAACCACCAUAUAUAGCACCAGGACAAUACCACCAGGGCGGUCGAUACCCCCCUCCACCCGCUCCUCCUAGAUUCUCUCAUGCUUCUAACUUUGGACGCGGGCAGCCUCAAGGCUCAUACAAUGGAGGCGGUUACAACUACAAUCAGCCAUCUAGGGAUGAUAGAUACCGUCCUGGUGGUGGUGGCGGUGGCGGUGGUGAGAAUAGGUACAAUGACCAUUACAACGAUCGUCGCGAUGACCGCGGUAGAGGUGGUGGUGGAGGAGGUUACCGAGGCGGUCGUGGGGGUGGAGGUACCAAUAGGGCCAGAAGUGACAAUACUGAACUCUGGAGAAGAUGAUUUCCUUUCGUUAAACCAUAUGCUUUACGAUGUACAUCUUUGUUAUCAUUGCAGGCCGGGCUUCUAUUAUCUUGUCUAUAUUCGGCUAUUUCUGUUUCCUUCAAUUCCGUCUGUCUUUCUUACUUUUUGUGUAAUGACCUCCCCGUGCAUGUAAAUUGCGUUUCGGUGUUGAUCAAUGAGAAAACACCGAAAUGCAAAGCCUAUGAUCACGCCGCGGUUGUCGCUUAGGGGCGCGGUUCUAUCACGUUUUCAAACCAGAAGCGUGCAGCGCGUAGGCUUCAAACUAUGAUUCGAAUUUGGUGUUGUUUGGAGGAAAA